UGCGGCCAUUGUUAUACGCUACUGAUGCAUUUCGCAGUUUACAUAUAUUUUUUUAAUUUUUCAUAUACACAGUAUCGAAAUUAAUCGUUGUUAGUGAAGAACAUUGCUAAGAAAGGUUACAAUAAUAAGUAUAUAUGUUUAUCAGAGCAUAAAUUAUUUAUAAAAGACCGCUUUACAAAGUAUUUUCGUACAUCAUGGAAUUUGAUUGUGAUGGCAAAGAAUCAACAAUUACCGAUGAUGUUUUAAUAAAAAAACAUGAAAAUUUAUUUGUCAAAAUAUCAUCUAGUUGGGAAAUAAAUAAUGGUAAAAUUUUAGAAGACAGUGUAUCAACUGUAUCAGUUUUGCAAGCUUCAGAAAAGAUAAAUCUUGAAGAUGUAGUAUCAUUAGAUACUUGUGUAGCAUUGAAAGCAGAUCCAUCAGGAGAAUCAUGCAAGGUAGAUUUUCAAGUGACAAACAAACAAAAAAUUGCUCGUAUUGCAGUAGUUUCUGAAGCAUCAGUAUUAGAACUUUUUAAACAAUCUGGAGAAUAUGCUAAUACCAUUUUUGCAGAGUUUGUUGAUGAGUUUCAAGAUCAUGCAGUAUAUAUUGCUGAAUCUAUAAUUCAACCUCCGUCAACAGAAGCAAGUAUAAAGUUUACUAGAACCAAAAAUAAAGAUACAAUGUGGAUAUAUGGAAUAAGACUCACUUUAACAGAGCCAUUAUCAGAAAAUUCUAAAAACCAUUUUGAUUUUGAUGUGAUUAACAAUUACUUGAGUAAUACACCUCGAAUCAGGCCUGAAAGGAUUGAAAUGGCAAAAAAAGUUUUGGAGUCUUUUACUAGUGGAGAUUCUAAUUCUUCUGGAGAUGACAUAAAUACCCGCUUUCAAAGCUGGGGUAUGGCGGGCUGGAGUUCAAAUAGUUCAAAUAGAAUUCAGGGGAAUAAUAGGUCGAGUAAUACUAGUGAAGUAGAUAAAAGGUCAGAAUGUAAUGGUACUUCCAUAACUGUUAACUCUGAAUUGAAAAAAUAUAUAGACGAACAGUUUACUAAUAUGGAAAAAAGACUGAUGGCAAAAAUUGAGUCAAUGAAUAGAAUCAUAAAUCAGAAAUUAGAUAUUCUACUGAAACUAGAAUCCUAAUAAAAAAAUUGAUAAGUUGUUAAGUUUUUUAAAACAUUUUUAUCUACAAAGUGAAAAUAAAGUUAUGUACACAGUUUCUCAGUAAUAUUUAAUACAAAGUAUUUUGAAUGGACACUACAACAAUAAAUAUUUACAUUAAUAUUCACUUUUGUUAAAAUGCUUAUUUGUAUGAUGUUAUAUGAAAAAUAUUUAAUUUAAUCUAUUCAAGCUUAA